AUGUCAAACAUACUGACGGGAUGUUGCGGCGGCGCACGCGCUGGCCACGAACUUAAAGCCGCCGCUCAAAUCUCCAAACAAUCCAUUCAGAGUUUAUUCACCGAGCAGAGCGCUUUCCUGGAUCAGUUUUUCCAAACUCUCGAUUUCGAGGAAACCGCGAAGUUUUGCCAGAAGGUUUUAGAUUGCAAAGGGACGACGCUAUUCACAGGGAUCGGGAAAUCGUCGUACAUCGCGAAGAAAGUGUGCCAGACGUUAGUUUCCACGGGAACGAGAGCGAUACAUUUAGCGCCAGUGGAUGCGUUACACGGAGAUAUUGGGAACGUGAACGAAGGCGAUAUUGUGGUGUUGUUCUCAAAGUCGGGAACGACGGAGGAGUUGGUGAACUUGGUUCCGUACGCGAAAGCGAAGGGUGGUUUCUUGGUUGCGGCUACGGCGAAUAAGGAAAGCCAACUGGCGAAGUUGUGCGACAUGCACGUGACGAUUCCAGCGCCAGGAGAGUUGCAGCCGUUCGAGAAAGGAUCGAGCUCGGUCGGGACGAGCGAGAGUCGGGUUUCGCCUCCCGUGACGUAUACGGCGUUGCAGAUGAUGUUUGGGGACACGUGUGCGGUGUAUAUUAUGCAGGCGAGAGGCUUGACGCAGGACGAGUACGCGAUGAAUCAUCCCGCGGGGAGAAUUGGGAAGCGAUUGGUGUUGAGGGUGCAGGACGUGAUGAGGAAGAUUGAGAGUUUGCCGACGGUAUCUCCCGAGGAGAAAGGAUUGGAGGUUUUGGUGAAAAUGGCCGGGGAUACGAAAGGGUGUGGGUGCUUGUUGGUAGUGGAUAAAGACAUGACACUGUUAGGGACGUUUUCAGAUGGAGAUUUAAGACGAGCGACGGUGGCGAAAGGUGCGGAAGUGAGUAACUUGCUGGUGAAGGAUUUGAUGAACUAUAACAAAGCGUUCCCGAGGUGUUGCGAGGCGGAACAGAUGGCGUACGAGGCGCAAAUGAGCAUGAACUUGAACGGCAAGAUGGUGGAUUAUUUACCAGUCAUCAGUGGGGAUGGGAAGAAGACGUUGUUUGGGUUGAUUACGAUUGAAUCGUUAUCAGAAGCCGGGAUGUAA